GCUUUUCCAUCAGCCAUUUCCUACUAUUUUUUUGUUUUCUUUUCUUUUCUUUUCUGCCAAACAGCCUUUGGUUUCAAUUCCACCUCUCGUUUUCUUUGUGCUCCAAACUUGUUCUUCAAAUAUGUCCCAUCCCUUCAUCAUCAUCAAAGAAGAACCAACCUCAAACAUCUCUCAGCUUCUCUCUGUGAAGAGAGACACAGAUAAAACAACAACAAACAACACCACCAACAAUGGCAGCUUGCACAGUGUACACAACAACACAAUCCCUCAGCACAAACUGCUGGAUCUCAUCUCCAUCAAAAUCACAUUUGGGUUAUUUUCCCCAGAAACAGCAGGUUGUUAUCUACAGGAGGAGGAGGAGGAGGAGAAGCACCACAUGUGUGAUAACAUGUGCAGCAGCAGGUGAUCAUGGUCAGACUAUAGUGAUUGGUCUAGCUGCAGAUUCAGGCUGUGGGAAGAGUACCUUCAUGAGAAGACUAACCAGUGUGUUUGGAGGAACAGCAGAACCACCAAAAGGAGGAAACCCAGAUUCUAACACUCUCGUUAGUGACACCACAACAGUCAUUUGCUUGGAUGACUAUCAUUCAUUAGACAGAUAUGGAAGAAAAGAGAAAGGAGUGACCGCACUUGAUCCUAGAGCCAACAAUUUUGAUCUCAUGUAUGAGCAAGUUAAGGCUCUUAAGGAUGGAUUUGCUGUGGAGAAACCCAUUUACAAUCAUGUCACUGGUCUCUUGGAUCCUCCUGAGCUCAUCAAGCCUCCCAAAAUCUUGGUCAUUGAAGGUUUGCAUCCAAUGUUUGAUCCACGGGUGAGAGAACUGUUGGACUUCAGUAUCUACUUGGACAUCAGCAAUGAAGUGAAAUUCGCUUGGAAAAUUCAGAGAGACAUGGCAGAGCGUCGACACACCCUUGAAAGCAUCAAAUCUAGCAUUGAAGCUCGGAAGCCUGAUUUUGAAGCCUAUAUUGAUCCUCAGAAGCAAUAUGCAGAUUCAGUGAUAGAAGUGUUGCCAAGCCAGCUCAUUCCAGAUGAUAAUGAGGGAAAGGUUUUAAGAGUGAGGUUAAUACAGAAAGAAGGGGUUAAGCAUUUUAGCCCUGCUUACUUGUUUGAUGAAGGGUCUACCAUUUCCUGGAUACCAUGUGGGAGGAAGCUAACCUGCUCUUAUCCUGGCAUCAAAUUCUUUUAUGGACCUAAGACUUACUAUGGUCAUGAGGUAUCAAUUGUAGAGAUGGAUGGGCAAUUUGACAAACUAGAUGAACUGAUUUAUGUUGAGAGCCAUCUCAGUAACCUCUCAACAAAAUUCUAUGGGGAGGUUACACAACAGAUGCUGAAACAUGCUGACUUCCCAGGAAGCAACAAUGGGACAGGUCUUUUCCAGACCAUAAUUGGGUUGAAGAUUAGAGAUUUAUAUGAGCAAAUAAUAGCCAGCAGGGCUAAGGCUCCAGUAGGAGCAGCAAAAGCCUAGAAACCCUGCCAUUAUACAUAUUGAACGAGGCAGGCUUUGGAACACUCCCACAAUCAUUUAUUCUAUUGUGUUUUCCACAUUCUCUGUAUUUUUUUGUUGAUUUGUCUAGUUUUAGGCUGUUCUUCAUGUAAACGAAAAUAUUCUGGAUGUACUUAUUUGAUCUGUUGCAAGUUGUUAAAUAGAAAAGCAAAAGCUGGGAUGGAGAUUUCCCAGAAGA